GCGAUGGAUUCGAUGGCGGCUACACAGCCAGCCAUGGGGCCCAAAGGGCCCAAAGCAGCUUGGCAGACACUGCUAUUCGUCGUCGCAGUGUGGCGCUGGGCUCCGACCCAGCAAUGAAAGAGAUGGUGCACUUUGUCGGGAGCCAUGAGCACGACAGCCGGCUCAAGGAAGCUGCAAACAUCCGGAGCACCAUUUUGAAAGACUUACCCGACAACUUCAAGCAAGAGGUCGAGAUUUUACGCCAAGCUGAAGCCUUCGAGGACAACCGUCCACUUCCUGUCACGAGCACGGGAUUGCUUGAUGGGCCCUCGGUGGAUGCGCGGCUGGCCUGGCGCCAAGAGAUGGACCGCCAGGUGAAAAGACUCUUGCAGGACACCAAUUUUGCCCUUGAUGACCGGAUUGAUGAAGAGGUGAAACACACGCUGCGGGUGAACCACGCAGAUCGGAUGUACGACUGGUAUGGAAAGCAUGGGAUGAAACAAGCUCGCAAGGAGCGAGUGGCUCCAGCACACCUUCGCUUCAAUCAUGAAGAUCCAGUGAUGCCUGGCUCCCUGCGUCGACCCAGUCAAGUGGCACCCGCCCUGUUGGCCCCACCAGCAACCAUCGAGGUGCGACGGGAUGAUUUCCCAAGCCCCAAGGCUGAGGAUACCCGGCCACCAAGUCGCCCCAUCUCGACACCCAAGACGCUGCUGGGGACUGCUGGCCGCUCAUUUGUCAAGCCGAUGUCUCCAAAGCAUUCGGCGCGGGCACGUACACCACACAAGCCAAAGAGCCGCGCGCGAUCUGCCGCGGCGGAUUUGACGUCUGCAUGGGAGAAAUACCUUGGACGCUUCACUUGCGGUGAUCAAGGACCCAAGCUCAAAGACUCCGGUGCAGACGGAGAGGCCAUGGAAAGGGUGGUGGCUGAAGUGCUAGCCGGGCCACAGCGCAUGGGUGGGAAUGAUCAAAGGGAUUGCAGACGUGGCAUGGAUGACGUUCGGGGCCGCCUGGAUGAACCACUCCUUUCUCCAGAUGCCUCUCCAGGCUUCGUCAAGGCGUCCGCCAUGCAUCUGCCUCCUGCAACCUGGCAAAUUGUGGGGGCAGAACUGGCCGGAAAUACUGUACUUGUCAUAGCUCCUCGCACCGACUUGAAUGUAGAUUUGUUCCAUGCAAUUUCAACAGCUGAUGUUGCGGCGGUGCUCGAUGCUUUGCUUCAAGGGCAAUGCCCGAAUUUCAAUGAAGCGGGUGUUUGCCCUCUUUACGCCAGUCUUCUUGUAAUGCGUCCUCCCGCAUCUUCCCAAGCAGCGCAGAUUGUUGAUGUACUCUGCCAAGCCAUGGCAGAUGUGGAUUGCCGCUUGGAUUUCGGCGGCUCGCCGAUGCAUUUAGCUUGCAGGCACGAGGCGGCUGCAAGCUUGCUGAAAGCUUCGGCAGAUGUGAAUGCAAACGACAAUGAGAAUGACACACUGCUCCACGUUGCUGCAGAUCGGCAUGAAAAAACCAUUGACAUUUCUUUGGACCCUCAUGGACAGGUUGUUGCUACUGUGGUGGUGUCACAUGAGCCAGAAUUGUUAGGGCAGUACCACAUGAUGGCAUGUGUCCGGGACAUUUUCUUUAAUCCAGCUCCGAAGCGUGAUAAACAAGGCCUUUACAGUGGUCCUUUCAAACUAUGGGUCGAAUGGAUGGAAUGGUCUUCGAUGCGCGGUUUGGAUCAUUUCCUGCUUUACAGCUUUGAAGGUACUGAUUUGGCUGCAAGGAAGGUCAUGCAGCCCUAUGUGGAUGCCGGCCUUGCAACCAGGGUCUACUUCAACUUUUUCCUAGAAUCCGAGCUCAUUCGCCAAGGGUAUGUGGCGAAUGAUUGCUUGUUUCGGGCCAAGAACCACGCAAAAUGGUUAGCUACAUGUGUUGACGUGGAUGAAUAUAUUGCGUUCCCAGGUCCGGUGAAGUGUUUCGAUUGGGAUGAAGUCGUGAAGCUGGAAGGAAUUCAACAGGAGCAGGUUGCCAGUCUUUCCAUUCCCAGGAUUCGUUUUGCGAGACCCCGUCCCAAGGCCCCCCAAGGAUGGGAUGUGCACAAUUUCUUGGAACACCUGGUGCAAGAACGUCCGCCAGCAAGUGGCGAUGCAGCUGCCAUUCAUGAGUUGCCGCAGAGAAUUUGCACAGCAAGCAUCAACAGAGGUGGUGGUCGCCUUCUUGAUGAGAUUCAUGGCCCUGAAAGCCAUGCGGUCUUUGAUGUCACAUUGGAGCAUGCCACGCGUCUCUACGAGGCAUGCACCGAAGACGAUCAGAGAAGACAUGCCUGUAGCAGUACCACUCUCGGGGAGCAGCGUGCUGAUUCUAAACAGCGCGCUGACUCCAAGUCGCCAAAAAUGCGAAAAGGGGGAAGCUGCGACCUCCCAACAAAGAAGGAGGAAGGUGAAGGCAUGGACGCGCGGGCACUGAAAAGUGCUCUCGAGUCAGAAGGAUUCCGUUUCAUCGAUGAUGAGUUGUUCCCGGCCUUGUGGAAAUCUUUGGGCAAGGAAGCCCUUGAUGUACAUACUUUUCACAGGGUUCUGCGGCACCUCAAGCUUCACUUGCUGUGUGGCGACAAUGAUGACCUCACAGAUUUGUCGGAAGAGCGGGGGUUCCUCGGCGUUGUCGACUGGAACCACAGAUUGGUCGUGGAGAAUUACUUCACCAAAGCCGACCUCUCCCGUGUCUUUCUGGGUCAUCGGCACCCGGCGAUGAAGAUGCGCUGGGUUCAUUGCAGUGCAGUGAGCAAGGUGACCGUGCUGCGACUGGCCGUAAAAUACCAGCUUCAUCCUCUGCCAGUGGAGGAUACCAUUCAGCUGCAGCAGCAGUCUGUCCCGUUGGUGCGGAGCUACGGGGACAAUUUUUUCAUCAUUCUUCCAAUGCUCAGACUCACCACGCCUUCGCGCAAUGCACUGGCACGCUUUCAUGGCCAAGAAGAGGGGCAACCUGAACUGGCCAGGCAGACAACCAACCAAGAAGAAGCCUUAGAUCCAGACUCCGGAGCUGCUUUGGAGGUAGAGAUUGAACAGGGUCGCUUGGCACUUUUCAUCGCUGGAGCUCCCAAGUUCGACACCUUGAUCAGCAUCCAGACUGUGUGGAUGGUUCACCAUGGGGAGGAUGUUGAACAUACCACUCAUCCCCUCCCAAUGUAUGGUGGCCGGAGGUUCUGCCACAGGCGACGUCAAUUUCGUAGCUCGAGGGCGCUAGUCCGCGAAGGUUCAGCUAGUGUUCGAAGCCAAGCAGAGGAUUCAUUGUCUCCAAGGACACCCAGUGCAGAGCUGGACUUCGAGGAGCAAGAGCCUGAUCCAAACACUUUCGACGACGACGCCACCGAGGCUUUUGAUGGAAUUGCUGAAGAGAUUCAGAAGGACACCUCUAUGGUGCGCUCUGGAAAUGCCGCAUGGCUGAUGUGGAGGAUCGUUGACGUGCUUGUCGACGAGAUGGAGCCUAUUUUGUCAGCCUUUCGGGCCAGACUCAUGUGGUUUGGAGCUCACAUUGCCAAACGCCGAUCGAAAUCGGAGAAUGACGUGGAGAAGAAGCUCCUUUGGACCCGUGUGGAGUUGGAGUGGGUGCAGCGGAAGGUGCGGCCAAUGAUCAGAGUCGUCCGGCACAUGAUCCACGAAAAAGUCAUUGAAGCCAAUGUAACUCAAUACCUUGAAGAUGUGGAGGAUCACUUGGAAACUUAUUUGGAAGAGAUCAGUCGCAGCAUAGGAGUGUGCGACUCCCUGAGAGACCAAGUGCGAAGCUUCCGUGAUCGGGAGCAGCAAGGGGUGCUCUAUGUAUUGGCGCUGGUCACCACCAUGACCUCUCCAAUGCAUCUUUUGGCCUCGAUGUAUGGCAUGAACUUCAUUGACAAAAUGAACCGGCCAGUUGUACCAGGACUGGGUCUAAUGGAUGAAAAGAGGGGCUAUCCGCUCUUCUGGGGAACAGUUGAGCUUUACGGCCUUGACGAAGCUGGAGGUCCAGGUAGCUGCUUAGGCGGCUGCCUCGGCGCCCUUUGUGGAGGUUUGGCAGCCCUCAGUCAGGGCUCUUCAAGCGAGCUGCUCCACGCCGGGAGCAUUGCUGCAGCAUCCCCUAGCUGGGCAGUGAAGCAUGCAGCUGGAGUUCUAGCCCGGGAAGGCACAUUUGAUGCAGAGGUGGUGAACUUUGAGUUUCGGCGACAGUGUCUUCAGGCAUGGACUUUGCGCAAAUUUGGUGGUCUCUUCCACUUUUUGCAGGUGCAUUGCGACUUGGAGGUCCUCCGCCAGGCAGUGCGGCUUCUGACCGAGGAUGGCACCAAAGCAGUGAGCGGAGGAACCGCGGCAAAGGCUUCCCAACUAGCUCAAAAGGAGCUUGGGUGGGGUGAGGAUGAAGCAGUAAAAGCACGAGAGUCGCUUUCCGCCAAUGAGCUUGAGGUGCAGAAUGAUCAGCUCAGCCGGUACUUGUUGGACCUCUCCUGGCAAAAGGAUGCGUUGAAGGCCAUGCUCGAGCACCUUCAGAACCACGAGGCAUAUGCAAUCCUUGGUGUUGCGCCAGAGAUCUCUGAUGCUGACCUGACCAAAGCCUACAAGGCGGCUGCAAUGCGGCUACAUCCAGACAAGGGUGGGAAUGCAGAACAGUUCAAGGCAGCUCGGGCUGCCUAUGAGCGGAUCUUGGAGACAAGGCACAAUCAGAGCGGCACCAAGGAGGCGGAAACGGUAGAACCGCAGGAGAAGAAAGCUGAGAAGGUCGAGAAGGCUGAGAAGACCGAGAAGGUUGAGAAAGCCGAGAAGGCUGAGAAGGAAAUCCCCGUGGCAUCCAUUCGCUGGAACAAAACAGGUGGCUUGGCCUUCAAUCUUCAACAGGCCUACAGCGCGUCAAUCUACAAGAGGUUGGAGCUGAACAAAAGGCAACAUGAAGAGCUCAAAGAUGUUGUGGAGCUGCACCGGCUGGAGCUGCUGGCCUCUUUGGAGAAACCUGCAGAUGCGGGCAUCUACCACAGCUAUGAGUUCUCCUUGGGAUCCGAGUUGGAUCCUGGAGACCUGCAUGCUCCAAGCCAGGGUAAGCAGGUUGCUCUGCCGUUUAAUGCUGAUGGCCUUUCCAGCCCUCCAGUGGCUGCGUCAAAUUGUAACGUGGACUCAGUGGACUCCCUCCAGCCGCUCUCCAUGGUGAAAUGCACGCAGCAACCGGCUGCACCUGCCGAUGAUUCCUGGAAUGGUCUGGUAACAACCCCCAGAACGACAGAGGGUCGAAGAGUCGCCUCCCUCCAAGUUCCACCAGAUGUACAUCUUUCUGCCAAAGCUUGCACAGCCGAAACGGCAAGUACGGCUGAUGCGUUUGGCACGACCGACGACUCUGGUGCAGUCGAAGACAAGAACACGGAUGAGAGGGAAGACGAAACAGCACAAGGACUGAAAGAACGGCCCAGUAGCUCCGCGGCCAGUAGGACGAACUUGGACCUCGAGACGAGCCACUCUGCGGCUGCCAACCUCAAGUUGUCCCAGGAGAGACGCAAUGGGUGCUUUGAUACUUGCAUUGGAAUCCUUGUUCUGUUGAAUGCGUUUGUCAUGGUUUUGGACCUGGAGUGUCAGGGAAAUGAAGUAGGAUUCGCUUCUGGAAUAAUUGGUCGGAAUGUUUGGCGUGGGUUUGAACCUGCAAUCCUGGUUCUGGAGCAUUGCUUUGCAAUCGCUUUCCUUUUGGAAUUGAUCUAUCGCGUCGCAACAGAGGGGCGCAAAUACUUCAAAGAAGCCAUGAACAUCUUUGACACUGCGCUAGUGUUGAUCGCCUGUGUCGACCUCUAUAUUCUGACGCCUCUUAUGUCUACGUCAACAUUCAACAACACUUCUACGCUCCGUAUUCUGCGCACUGUGAAGCUGGUCAGGGCCUUUAGAAUUGUUCGGGCGCUCCGACUUUUUCGAGGACUUCGGCUUUUGAUCAAAGCAUGCAGCUCCUUUUUGCCGUCGCUGUGUUGGUCAAUGGCACUCCUUGGGCUCUUUAUGAUGAUGGGUGCUCUUUUUAUGGGCAAUCUGUUGCAGGAUUACAUUAUGGAUGAAGAUGCUAGCAUUGACAAUCGGCGUUGGAUGUGGAUGCAUUAUGGGACUGCCUACAGGGCCAUCUACACCAUGUUCGAAAUUACUUUUGCGGGAAACUGGCCGACCUAUGCACGCCCAGUCCUUGAAAAUGUGGGACAUGGUUAUGCUGUCUUCUACAUCUUGUACAUUACCUUCGUGGUAUUCGCAGUCAUCAGAGUAAUCAGCGCCAUAUUUUUGCGCGAAACUUUAGAAGCUGCGAACAAUGAUGCGGAGAUGUUGGUCCAGGAUCGCCUGCAUAAGAAAACCACUUACGUCCGGAAGUUGGAAGGAAUCUUUCAAGCUUGUGAUGAGAGCGGAGAUGGAGUGCUGAGCGAAGAUGAGCUGACUGAGUUGAUGCGGGACCCCCGGGUGCAGGUUUACCUCGAAAGUUUGGAGAUUGAUGUGCAGGAAAGCACUGCAUUGUUCCGACUGCUGCAGAAUAGUGAGGGAGUUAUAUCCUGUGAUGACUUCAUUGAGGGCAUUUUAAGAUGCAAGGGCCCUGCCCGAGCAAUCGAUCAGAUUCUCCUCGGCAAUGAUGUGAAACAUGUUGCAGAAGAGGUUCAGAAGCUGACGAAGUUGCUGGGCGAUGCUGGGGUCAUCAAUUCCGUCCCAAGAACGACGAGAAACCGAACACAGAGGCGAAACAUUGAGGACGAGCUCGCGCUGUUGCCUACGAUGCAGAUGACUCUAUCCGGGCGCUAUAUAAUGAGUUAA